AUGGCACUGCCCGUGUCGCGUUACCUGCCGUUUUCGCCCUCCACCACGGCCGUGCAGGCUGCGACCUACCUGCUCGGCAUAUCGCUGUUUAGCAUCUCAUUCCUCGUCUUCCUCAACAGCUCCAUCUCCUUUGUCAUCACCGACCUCAUUGGCAAGAAGCACGGCGUCGGCAACAUUGUCGGCACGCUGGGCUUUGCCGACGAGCUCGUCGCCCUGGUCGCUUGCCCAGUAUGGGGUCUUGUUUCGGACCGGCUCGGUGUUCGCUGGGUCGCCACGAUUGGAUACACCAUCAUUGCCGCUGCGCUUGCACUCUUGGUGCAGGCAAAUAAUGUCUAUCCGCAGCUGCUGCUUGCGCGCAUACUCUUCGCCGUCGGCGCGUCUGCCGCCGCCACCAUGGUGACGGCCAUUCUGCCUUCGCUCACCAAUGAUGGCGACUCCGUCAAAGCCAGGCACUCGCCCGUGCCAAAGCUCACGCGCAAUCCCCGCCACAGUGCCGUCUUCUCGAUGGAGUCAGAGGCCACCAUCACGCCAGAAAGGUACUCGCGCAGCAUAUCCCCCCGUGAGCGAGACGAACCUGCUCCCGAGACGCCCACGGAAGCAAGGAAGCCUUCAGUCUUGGCUGGAUUCGUUGGGCUAUUUACUGGCUGCGGUGCUCUGCUGGCCCUCGUACUUUUCUUGCCUCUGCCUGUCAGGUUUGGCGGGAUUGACGGUGUCACGCCUGGACAGGCCGUAUCAUACAGCUUCUACGUCGUCUCUGUCGUGUCACUUGUGGUGGCAGUGUUUGUCUUCAUUGGUCUACGUAACCUGCAUGGCGAAGACGGCAAGGGCUGGCGUGUGCUCUUCGGUCGCAAAAGCUGGUACCAGACGCAGCUGGAAAGCGAGGCUGACGAGCAUGGACAGAAAGUGGUGCCCUAUAUUAGUCUACUCAAGGACGCUGUGCUCUUGGCCUUCACCGACUCUAGAAUCAGCCUUGGAUACAUUGGGGGUUUCGUGGCUCGAGCCUCGACUGUAGCCAUAUCUCUGUUUAUCCCCCUUUACGUCAACACCUACUUCAUCAGCAACGGCUUCUGCACCGGAUCGCCUCAUGACCCUUCUCCAGAAUUGAAAAAAGAGUGCCGAUCUGCCUACAUUCUCUCGUCAAUUCUCACCGGCGUCGCACAGCUCAUGGGCCUCAUCUGUGCGCCUAUCUUUGGCUACGUAUCUAGUCGAAACACCCGCGUCAACUACUCCAUUGUGGUUGCUACGGUGUUUGGCAUUAUUGGAUACCUUCUUUUGCCACAACUUCAGAGCCCUGAAAUUAAGAAUGUGGAUGGUCGUGGCGGCACGCCUGCUGUGUUUCUUGUGGUCACUCUGAUUGGCAUUAGUCAGAUUGGUAGCAUCGUAUGCAGCCUCGGCGUCCUCGGUCAAGGUGUUCUUGCUGUCGACCUGCAGCGCACCUCUCUGCGCGACGAGGCAGUCCCAUCUCUGGCCCCCGACGAGGAUGAAUCAGGAGACGGCCACGAGCCUCGGAUCCGAAUCGCGACUGAUGAAGCCGCCGGCUCGCGUGUUCGUCUCAAGGGCUCAAUUGCAGGUGUCUACUCGCUGUGUGGUGGCGCGGCCAUCUUGCUACUGACGAAGCUAGGUGGAUUCCUAUUUGACAAGGUGAAUACUGGAGCGCCGUUUUAUAUGAUGGCUGGCUUCAAUGCUGUGCUACUCGUUGCGAGCUUAUGGGUGGAUGCUGCUAAGGCUUUUGCCCGAAUCUAA